AUGAACAGAGGCACAACCAAGCAAGGAGACGUCAUGUUUUCAAAAAGCGAAAAAAUAUCAGUAGAGCUACUUAGUUUGACUUACGGUACUUUCGUUGCAAGACUGUUGAAAGAGAAUGAUAAUGCUGAAGAAGUCAAUCUUCAAUUGCACAAAAUCGGGUCUAAUAUUGGAAACAGGCUUAUUGACGAGUUCUUAUCCAAGAGCAGGAAAACUGCAUGCAAAGAUUUUAGAGAAAUAGCAGAUGUUAUUGCAAAAUAUGGGUUCAAAAUGUAUCUCGGAGUAACAGCAGAAGUUGCUAAAUGGAAUGAAGAUGAUACUCAAUUCUCCAUUUAUAUCGAGAAUAAUCCACUGUCAGAAUUUGUAAUGCUUCCCAUUCACUUACAACAAACUCUUUGGUAUUCUAACCUGCUUUGUGGAGUAAUAAAAGGAGCCCUCGAGAAAAUAAACGUAAUGGUAGAAUGAGAAUUCAAGCAGGAUACACUUAGAGGACAUGAUAGCACAGAAAUUAUUGUAAAAUUGGUUGAAAUAGUUGAAGAUAGGUACGAAGACGAUGAGAUGUAAUAACUCUAAUCACAUACUAAAACUCUCUG